GAUUAACUCAUCCAAAUCCACAAACGGUUGAAGUGUCCAACGCCCCUCCAAAUUGCCAACUCCCUUCCCUUCCGCAGGCACCAGCACGGCUGCAAUGGCACUCCUCCAGCGGUAGCACAACUUUUCAGUAUUAGCCUACUGGCCUCGCUCACGCCCGAUUCCUGCUUCCCUGCACCCCGUCUCUCUCCCUUGGGUGGUUCGGCCAGCCAAUCGGCCCAUCUCAAGUUUAACAUUCCGGCCUUCCAUAGUUCAGGUGUUGCUAUUUAUUCUUAUCCAGCGGAUGUAGAUGCACCCCUUGAAGGAAUUUCUUUUUUGGGUGGCCGAUCAUUUGCGAUGAAUUUGUGUUUUGGACCUUAUAUAUACGAACAACACUCUUAUAUCGACAGACCAUUAAAGAUCGUGAGCUUAAUAAUUGUUUAAUUAAUAUGAUCAAACAACGGUUCCACUUCUUUAUUAAAACACAACCGGCUCCUGCUAAUACUAAUUAUACAUUUUCGUGAAUACCAAAAGACACCUCAAAUAUCCCACACGUUUAAUACCUUUCUCUCCAUUUAAUGCUAUCCUUAGCAGCACAUAAUAUUCUUGCACGUUUUUUGAAUUUUGAAUACAAAUUCCCUCCCAAACUCCCCCACACUUUUCUGUUUUAAUAUAUAUAUAUAUAUAUAUAGAUUAAUUUUCAUCGAUAAAAAAAUGGAGUAUAAAUUUUCUUAAAACCCAUUAGUGAAUUCAAAUUAGGAAUUUAAUUUAAUUAAAAAAAAACCAAUAUGGAGGUCGGAGGAGAAACCAAAAGAGGCACUAAGGAUGUUUUCUUUUGGACUGUUUUCAGUCCCAGACCAGACCAGACCAGACUUAAACAGACCAGACCAGACCAGACCAGACUUAAACAGACCAGACCAGACCAGACCAGACUUAAACAGACCAGACCAGACCAGACCAGACUUCCGUAGUUAUAAAAUACACAGAGACCAGACGUUUACCAGACCAGACCAGACCAGUUCAGACCAGACCAGACCAGACUUAAACAGACCAGACCAGACCAGACCAGACUUAAACAGACCAGACCAGACCAGACCAGCAAAUUUCAGUCCAAAAGAAAACAUCCUAACCUGGUGACGCGGUCCGGAGGUACUAUUUUCCAGUUUUGCACUAUAAAGGUGGUCCGUCAAUCGGAUAACCUAUAUCGUCAGUCUCCACGGCUUCAAAGUAGCUGCUCAGACUCCAUUUCUCGCCACAACCAAUGACAACAUUAUGAGUCGGGCCGAUGAGAACGGUGUUUUACAUUAUCGUGCGAUGCUGAGCAUCGAGUACAUACGUGUGUUGAAAGUUGAUGGUGAUAAACCUAUCGUUGGUGGCGUGUACGGAACAGUGAAUGUCCAGGACUGGAUGGGCGUGCACAAGGCGUACGACCGGAGUUUAGCUGACUCCGAGAAGAAAGGUCCGGGAGAUGAUUUGACACUAAUUGGCCCUGACCGUUACUAUGGUGUUAGUGGUUACGACUGGUCCGUUAUUAGUGUCGAUUUACGGGGGUGGAUCCUGACAUCGAGAUUGCGCAAGGCAAUGUUGUUUGGGAAACAAGAGUAGAAGACAUAACUUUUGCCAAUUAUAACAAACGUUUGGAAAGGGUUGUGGCUGGAAAACAUGGCAGUGCCGCGGUGGGUUUCUCCGUCAUGACCUACGCUCUCUGUGCAACUUUCAAGGUGGUUCUGCUCAAUCACAGCCAGGAUGGUGGAGAAAACCCGGCACAUGUUUAUGGUACAAUCAAGGCGUCCCAACUUAUUGGAGGCUCAUCUACAUCACUCACAUUGCUUGAUAAACCUUUGGACGAGUGUGUUGAAAUCUACCCUAAGAACCAUAUUGUGUUGACUCGUGCCAUUGUGGUGGUACCAAUGGACAAUGGUAUAACAAUUAGUGUUUCUCUGUGUGAUAAUAAGGACGGGGAAAUUGGUAAGGGAAGUGUAAGUUUUGAUUGUUUGUAUGGAACUCAAACCAAGAGCAUGUAUGGUCCCGAACAUGGUGAAGUUGAAGUGUCGAUCACUUGUGUGUAACCAAUUGUAAUUGUUACGGAAAGCUUAUAUGUUUGUGAACAUGUUAUAAAUGUUAGUAACAUGUUUGUAAUUAUUGUGCAAAACUGCAAAAUAUAAUCAUAGUGCCCGAUAACUAUGAUUUGUCCCAAAGCAAUUACGUUUUUGCCGAUAUUAAUUUUUACAAGAAAUGUAGAAGUCAUGGACAUUAUAAUAACAAUUUAUACCGUACACCCGGG